AUGUCAUCUCCCCCCAACCUCAAUUUCCCCUCCUCUUCAGCUCCGGCCGCCUCCCCUCCUCCUUCUGACCCUGGACAACGCCCCAUCGUCGACCCUCUCGCGUUCAACGAUGUACAUGGUCUCGGCGGGUCCAUUCCGGGCGGUGGUCCCAACGGGCACAGAUCACCCAACGGAUCUCCGGGAGGCUCCGAGGCCGAGGAAGAUGGGCCUCCCAGAGGUGGCCGUAGAGGAAGAGGUGCUCGAGCUGGUAGAGUCGACCCUGAUUCGAUCCCACGAGUGAAGGACACGACCGGAGAAAAGGUCAUGGAGAGCUUUGUUCUGUUCUUGGAGAACUUCACCGACAACAUUGCCCUCCCCGAUACCCCUGCUUCUGGUAUGCCUCAGGCCCAGCAGGAGGAAGGCAAGUACUAUGUCAAUCAGAUCGCAGACCUGGAAGCGACUCAACGCACAACCUUGUUUGUCGACUUUGGCCACCUUCUUGAGCGUGAGGAGAUUCUUGCUCGAGCCAUCCAAUCCCAAUACUACCGAUUCCUUCCUUACCUGCGACGAGCGGUCCAAGCACUGGUCCGCAAGUAUCAGCCCACAUGGCUCUACCACUCCACCUCUGUCAACACCAAUCAAUCCGUUCCCACCUCCUCCCUCGUUACCCGUGAAUUCAAUGUUGCUUUCUACAACAUGCCCCUUACAAGCGGCAUUCGAGACCUGAGGAUGGACAAGAUUGGACAGUUGAUGAGUAUCAGUGGUACUGUUACGAGGACGAGUGAAGUGAGACCAGAGUUGGUCAGCGGAACGUUUACGUGUGAGGUUUGUAGGACUGCCGUCUACGAUGUUGAACAGCAGUUCAAGUAUACCGAACCCGCGCUUUGCCCCAACAUCACAUGUAACAACAGGAACUUGUGGCAACUCAAUAUUGAGCAGUCCAAGUUUUCCGACUGGCAAAAGGUCCGCAUCCAAGAGAACGCCAACGAAAUCCCAACCGGUUCGAUGCCCCGUUCUCUGGAUGUCAUUUUGCGAUCGGAAACGGUCGAGCGCGCCAAGGCUGGUGACAAAUCUACCUUUACUGGAACAUUCAUCGUCGUGCCCGAUGUUUCGCAAUUGGGAUUGCCUGGUGUGAACGCAGAGAUGAUGAGAGAGUCUAGGGGAGGUCGAGGUGAAGGCGGUCCUGCAAGCCAGGGUGUGACUGGACUGAAGGCUCUGGGUGUGAGAGAUUUGAUGUAUAAGACGGCGUUCUUGUCUUGCAUGGUGCAGAAUGCGGACCAAAGAUCGGGUGUGAUGGACGUCCGAGGUGAUGUCGAGGACGGUCAAGAUGAACGGACUUCCUUGAUCAGUUCCCUCACCACUGCAGAGCUCGACGAGCUCAAAGCCAUGCUUGAAAAAGACAACAUCUACCAAUCUCUUGUCCAAAGUAUCGCGCCCACGGUGUACGGCCACGAGAUUGUCAAGAAGGGUAUCCUUCUUCAGCUCAUGGGCGGUGUACACAAACAGACCCAGGAGGGUAUCCACCUGCGUGGUGAUCUCAACGUCUGUAUCGUUGGUGACCCAUCUACGAGCAAAUCGCAAUUCCUCAAGUACGUCUGUGGCUUCUUGCCGCGAGCCGUCUACACUUCUGGUAAAGCUUCGUCUGCUGCCGGUCUUACUGCCGCUGUUGUUCGAGACGAAGAAUCUGGCGAGUUUACCAUUGAGGCUGGUGCUUUGAUGUUGGCCGAUAACGGAAUCUGCGCCAUCGAUGAAUUCGACAAGAUGGACAUUGCCGAUCAAGUCGCUAUCCACGAAGCGAUGGAACAGCAAACCAUCUCUAUCGCCAAGGCCGGUAUUCAAGCCACCCUCAACGCCCGAACUUCGAUCCUCGCUGCUGCUAACCCCAUCGGCGGACGAUACAACCGAAAGAUGAGUCUGCGCCAGAAUGUGGCAAUGUCCGCGCCCAUCAUGUCGCGUUUCGAUCUCUUCUUUGUUGUUCUGGAUGAGUGCAACGAGAAUGUGGACUUGCAUAUCGCGCAACACAUUGUCAAUGUGCAUAGAUUCAGGGAUGAUGCUAUUGCCCCCGAAUUCAGCACAGAAGCUUUGCAGAGGUACAUCCGAUACGCACGAACUUUCAGCCCCAAGUUGACGUCCGCCGCCAGCGCUGUCCUCGUCGAAAAGUACCGCUCACUUCGACAAGACGAAGGUGGACCCGGAAAGUCUUCUUUCCGUAUCACUGUUCGUCAACUCGAAAGUAUGAUCCGUCUGUCCGAGGCCAUCGCUCGAGCCAACUGUCAACACGAAAUCACCCCCGCCAUCGUCCGUGAAGCCUACUCGCUCUUGCGGCAAUCCAUCAUUCACGUUGAACAGGACGACAUCUCGUUCGACGAUGAUGAGGAUGAAGACGGACAAGGUGGUCCUGGGGAUGACGACGAUGGGAUGGACGAGGAUCCUCAGCUCAGUGCGGCGGAUAUUGCGGCGCUUGACGAGGCCGAGUCGAGCUACUUGCAAGGCACGAGCAGCUCAGCGCAGGCGCAACAGGAGCCGUCGGCUCGAAGUGCUAGCGUGCAGAUCCCCGAAGGCAGCAGGAAGAAGCUGCGUAUCACUUACAACAAGUACAUGGAGAUCAUGAACCUCUGUGUCCUCCACCUCUCCGAGGUCGAGCGUGAAACCAGUACCGGUGUGGACAGAGAAGAGCUCAUCCAAUGGUACCUCGAGCAAAAAGAGGACGAAGUCGAAUCGGAGGAGGACCUUGAAACCCAUAGGGAGCUCAUUGCAAAGGCUCUUACCAAGCUGGCCAAGGACCAGUACUUGCUGGAGAUCAGGGGUGACGUUCGGGAAGGCCUGAGUGGGGAGGAGGAGGAGAUGGGUGCAACGGAUGAUAGCGAGAAGGUGUACUACCUCGUCCAUCCACAGGUCGACUUGACAGACUUGUCCUCUUCUAUACAGUAG